AUGAUGCUAUCCAUCAUAGACAUGGCUUCGGCUCAGACUGGUACCGAUUCAAACCUUUAUCCUAUUGAUAAUAUAUCACCACAAGAUGAAAAAUCAACAGAAGCAUAUGCAGUGAUCUUAACCGAUGAUUCAUUGUUGCCAGCUGUUCGGGUUGUGGCUAAGAGCGUGAGAGAAACAAAAUCAACACGUCCGUUCAUUGCCAUUGUAACGGAUCGAGUGAGCGAGAGGAGUAAGAAGAUUUUAAAAGAAGACAAGUUUAUUUUGAUCCAUGAUGUACCAUCAUCAAAAGGACCAAUCUAUCCAUACAUGUUGCUCUGGUAUUUGGGAAAUUAUGGCUUUUCAAACGUAAUUUUCUUGAGUACAGACGUUUUGGUAAAGCGUAACAUUGAUUCUCUCUUCAAAUGUAAAGGACGAUUGUGUGCAACAAACUCCAUGACCAUUCCCGAUGAUUUGGAUAUUGUAUAUAUGGGAUUGAAGACUGAUAUCAAUACUUUCAAUGACAUGGUCAAUAGGGAACAAGAAAUAUUGAAAAAAGCAUACGACAAUACUCCUCAAGCUUUUAUGACGACUUAUUUCGAUUGGAGAAAUUCAGAAUACAUUGAUGAUAAAAUGUUAGAGUCCGGAAAUACAAAAGAAAAUGCAUUGCUCAGAAUGCCAGUGCAUUGGAAUGGUUUUGAGCCUCUCUAUUACACGUAUAAACCAAGUUGGGACUAUAUGGAAAUGAAGGGAAUGAGAAUUAUCAAUUAUUGCCUCAUUCCAAAGCCUUGGGAUUGGUUUGUGCAUCCCAUUCUAGAUUUGGGCCAAGAAUGGCUUGCAGUUUUCCAUCGAUUGCCUGUUCAAUCAAUUACACCUGAUCUUACUCCAUUCUUGCUGUUACUUUUGCCAAUUAUAUUGGCAGCUAUUUGCUUUAGCGUCAUUGGUAGACAAAGUUUCCAUAACAAGAAUGUUGUGUAUGACUUUAUGUGCGGAUUUUGUAACAAUUUAGUAUUGAGACGUAUUUUUGUCAACAUGAAUACUCCAUGGAAAUUGAGAAUAGUAGGAUAUAUUUCAUGCUUCCUAAUGGCUGUGACCUUUGUGUUGACCACAUUAUUUUUCCAUGCCAUUCAGUCCAAUGAAUGGGACGUAUAUUUGAGAUGGGCCAUUUAUUAUUCAUGGGUAUUAUCCGCAGUUUCUAUUGCACUUUUAUUUUAUUACAAGCUGCUCAUCGUAGAAACCAUUAUUGACAUUUCAAACAAGCCAUUUCCUUCAAACACUACAGUUAAUGACAUUCCAAUGAAUACUGUUGGAGAGGAUGAAAGUGAUGAGGAUCAAGUUGUUGUUGACAUUAAUGAUGGAGAGGAAGAAAAGAAAGACAAGAAGCCUUUUAUUUCCAAAUUAUCAGAGGAACAAAAUCCUUUAGGCCAAGUUUUAGCAUACAAGCCAACCUUGUUUUGGUUUAGAACGCUGAUGUUGAUGGUAGGCGCACCAAUCAUGUUUGUUUUAUUGGUUUGGGUGUUGGGCUUUGUUGGAGCAGAUUUGGGAGGAAGAGCUGUUGUUGCAGUUAUUUUCAUCCUUAUUUAUGCAUUCUUCUUGGUGAGACUUGUUUUCGACGUGCCCAUCGUGGCCAUUUUCAAAGUGUAUGAAAGAAAAUACGGUCCUUCUCUCUUCAUUCAAAGUGAGGAAGAAUUUAAAGGAACUAAGUACAAUUAA